AUGCGUUUCUUUCUCAAUCGAUGUUCGGUUUGGCUUCUCUCGAUUUCUUCUAUCCUGGCCUUGAUACCGGCGCAAAAUGUGGAGGGCACCAGCACCACAGAGAGCUCAUCCGACAAAGAUGCCUUCAUCAACAAUCUAGUGAAACAGAUGACGGUGCCAGAGAUGGUAAUGCAGCUGUACCUGUUCUUUGCAGACGAUGCUGUGGGCCCGGAAUCUAACAAUGAGCUCUAUGAUCACGCACUUCGAUUUGCUCCUGACGCUGGUAUUGGAGUGAUUCACGAUUGGUAUUCCCUCAACAAAACGCAAAUCAAUUCCUUGCAGCGCUUAAACAUCGAAAAGUCCCGCCUCAAGAUUCCCUUCUUGCACCUUGCAGAAUGCUUGCAUGGUGUGGGCUCUUUCAAGCAGUCGAUGUUUCCACAAGCUUUGACCAUGUCAUCCUCGUGGGAUACCGAUCUCGUACAUCGUGUUGGUCGAGCAAUAGGGACCGAGGCGAGAGCCAUUGGUAUACAUGCAUGUCUCAGUCCCGUGCUAGAUGUCUGUCAAGAUUCGAGAUGGGGACGAUGUCAAGAGGAUUGGGGUGAGRACCAUAUCUUGACGAGUCAYAUGGGAGUAGCAUAUGCUUCUGGAAUGUCAAAAAAUGGCACCCUGGGUGAUGCCGAUGCAGUAGCGCCAGUGAUGAAGCAUUUCGCUGCUCAUGGAGCUCCUCAGUCUGGUCUUAAUGGAGCACCUUUUAUGGGACAUGGCAAUCGAGAAGUUCUCCAGAACCUGCUAAUCCCUUUUAAGGCAGCUGUGGACCUUGCAGGCGUUCGCGGUGUCAUGAUGUCGUACAACGAGCUCGACGACGUCCCGGCUCAUGUAAAUCCGAUGCUUUACGAUGCCCUCGGUGAAUGGGGAUACGACGGCUUCGUGAUUGCGGAUGACACCGGCAUGUCCGAGCUCAUGGAUGUUCACAUGGUCUCCGAGACGCCGCAAGAUGCCAUCGGGCAGUGGUUCAAUGCAGGGGGAAUGAUCUCCUACUAUGACUAUCCCUUAGAGACGUAUCUCGAUUCUACCCUCAGUCUCAUAUCCAACAACACCCUCGCGAUAUCGACAUUAGAAGACAAGAUGCGUCGGAUCCUGGGUGUCAAAUGGGACCUCGGUCUGUUCUCCAAUCCAUACAUUCCAGACGACAUCGAUGCUGAAGCUCUGACCAUCGAGCAUAUUCCACUCACUCUUGAAGCUGCGCAGAAGAGUAUUAUUUUGUUGGAGAACCGCAACGCCACGCUGCCAUUGAAUGCCAAAGACUGUGGCAAGAUUGCACUGAUCGGACCCUUCGCUGACGCUCUGAACUAUGGGGAUUACUCCGGUCAGUUUGGCCAAUAUCCGGUCGCACAUUCUUCGACGAUACGAGAAGGCAUUGUGCAGACAUUGAGCGAGGAGGUCGCUCAGAAAGACUUGCUCACGGCUUGGGGUGCCAAUACAUGGCAAUCCAAUACUCAGUCCCCGAUCCCCGGUUACCAUCUUGCCACUCCUAACGGGACUGUGGGUGGAUUGCAAGCAACUUACUUUGCCAAACCCGAUUUCUCAGUUCCACUGGUCCAGAAGAUGGAAGUUCCUGUACGCGACUGGGGCCUCUACCCUCCGCCAGGUCUACCAUCGAACAAUUUCAGUGCCACCUGGGAAGGCACUCUGACUGUGCCGGUGUCAGUCUCUACCGACGGAUGGCUAGGGGUUGCUAUCGCGUGGAAUAGCACGGCCAAACUUUUCAUCGACGAUGUAAUGCAUGUUGAUGUUCCUUUGACGACAACAGGUAACAUACUGUCCAACAUACCUUCUCGCGCAUACAACCUCGUCAACAGUACUGCUCCGCCACCCGGCUCAGCUCCCUUCAAGUUCGAGCCUGGAGCCACGCACAAAGUGCGACUAGAGUUUGCUUCCUGGAACCUCUACCAGAAGAUCGCAAAUCGAAACUCUCUCAAUGCGGAAGUCCUCUUCUUCUGGAACCUGGUCUCUCCGGGGAACGCUGCGAUAGAGCAAGCGGUCCAGGCAGCAAGAGAAGCCGAUACGGUCAUUCUAGCUCUUGGAGCAGCAUGGAACUCAGACGGUGAGAGCGGUGACCGAGCAACCAUGAGCCUCUCUCUCAAUCAGACGCAGCUUGCAGAAGCGGUCUUGGAUAUUGGCAAACCGGUGAUUUUGAUCUUGGAAGGAGGAAGACCAUUCGCGAUUCCCGAGAUCUACAACCAUACCUCCACCGCUGCUGUACUGUCUACAGGAUUCGGAGGUCAGAGUGCCGGGCGAGCAGUCGCCGAUGUCCUCUUUGGAUCCUUCAAUCCAGGCGGUAGAAUCCCUUUGACGAUUCCAAAGCACGUCGGUCAGAUGCCCGUCUAUUACAACAUGAAGGCGUCCAGCGUUCGAUCGUACAUUGACGUGGAUAGCACUCCGGCCUAUCCUUUCGGUUAUGGACUCAGCUAUUCAAACUUCACUGUGGCCAAAUUCGCAAGCGCUUCAGGAGAUACCUUCUCGUCCAGAUCGACCAUCAAAUUUUCGCUAGAUGUGCGAAAUACCGGUGCCAUGGCUGGUUCUUACGUGGCUCAGGUGUACCUCCUUCAACGAGUAUCAAAAAUCUCUCAACCGGUGAAACAGCUGGUCGCUUUUGACAGAGUCUACCUCGAAAAGGAUGAAUCGCGGAGAGUGACGAUGGAGUUGGAAGUCGAUAGAUACCUGAAGAUCCUGAAUCGCAAGUAUGAGUGGGAAGUUGAGAAGGGAGAGUACACGUUCGCUUUGCUGGAGAAUGGUGGCAUAUUUGCCAACACGGACAUGAAUGUGACGAUGCGAAGCGUGUGA